AUGACUUUAGUCUACAGUAAUCGUAUCGUUUUUGGAUUUACUGUGAUUUGUCAGCAGCCGGACAAUGAGACGCUCGCCGAUCCAGGUAAGAAUGAUCUUAGUUUUGCGAAACGUAUGCAGUUUUAUUUAUGAAGAUAAAAAAAAACCAUAAAAAACUUUGAAAUCACAUAUUUUUGUUUGUCAAGACUACUACCUCUCGGACUCGUUGAAUGUCGCCUGGAUGUUCACAGCGACAGCAAUUGGAAUGAUUUUUGGCCCGAUGCCUUUGAGUUUGACACAAGGAUGCGAUACGAGGUUUGAGAUUGAGUUCUAAAUAUAAAAAACAUAUGCGGAUCUUGAAAUUUUGAGCAAAGAAAAACUUCCGUUCCAGUGAAUUAUUUUCAAAACUCAAGGAAUCAGAAAAAUUAUUCAGAUGGUUGAUAGUUGGUUACGGAGCCAUUUCCAUCGUCAGUGUUCUUUUCUACCCUUUGGCCGAUUCAAUCGGCUUAUGGCCAGCUUUGAUUUGUCGUUUUCUUGGGGUCUAGUUCUUAUUUUUAUUUUUUUCUUAAUUGUAUUGAGUGAAUACAUUAUUAUUGGUGAUUUGGAUAGACCGCUAGUCGAAAAAGUAAAGAAAAUACCCUUUCUGUGAGAAAUUACUGAAGGAAAAUUCUCAGAAAGCUCCAAAAACUAGAAAAUAGACGAUUCUAUGAAGAUCUUAAUGUUUCCUUUGACGAAUUACUCACAAGAAAAGAUUCAGGGCUUCUCGCAGGGAAGUCAGUUGCACUUUUCCAAUGAUAUCGUAUUGCGAUGGACUCCAAAAGCCGAAAUGUCGCUAUUUUUCUCGAUCAUGUUGGCCGCCUCACAGGUUCGGCUCAUUUUCUUCUGCUUUUUUGAAGUUUUGAAAUCUUAUGUGAAUUCGAUGAAUAAUUCAAUCAAUCAUCCAUUAGGUUUUUUUAAGUCACAAAUGUAAUCGACUAAGCGGCGAACAAGAACUUUUGAAAGUACAACGAACAACAGCCUUUGGCGAACUAGAAGUCCAAAAGUGUAGUUGAUCAAGUUAACCCAACUAGUUGGAAGCAUGGUCUCUCUCCAGUUGCGCCUUGACGAGCUCAGAAUGUAGCGGAUCUUGUGCUGAAACCCGGAGACUGUGCUCUGGGUGGAAGCCUCAAAACGAGAGCAGCCCCUUUGAAUGAAGGCUUUACGCGGGACAUUCAAAAUCAAAAUGAAUUUAUCCUACAACUCAAUUUCAAGAUCGGCCCACUGUUCACGAUGAUUCUGGGCGGAGAAAUGUGCACGACUUCUUGUCUUGGUUGGAAGGCUACCUACUACGUUUUGGCCUUUUUCACCUUCAUUUCAACCGUUUCUUUUCGCCUACUACUACACGGACGACGUUUCGAUGAACAAGUGGAACUAAAAAUCCGUCAAAACACAAAGAAUGAUUCAGACACGUAGAAGAAGAAGAGGCCAAGUACAUCCUGGCAGACAAGGAGCCGCAGUGCAAGACACUCGGCGGAGUUCCCUAUAAGAGUCUUCUGACGGACGUGACCAUCUGGACGAGUCUCAUCAUGUUCAGCGGGUACUACGUCGGCAUGAUCGUCUACCAACAGUACAGCCCGACGUUCAUCAAGCAGGUCUGUAUGAAUUAACUACUUCUGGGAGUCUCACAGCUGAUUUUUAAUCCAUUCCCAUCCAUUCAUAUCUCACUAGGGUUCAAAAAUUUCUGACUUGUCUUCGCUCUCUUUUCCCUCAACACUGCUCUAUUAUUCACGUACUUUUUUUAUCUAUGAAGUGCAAAAAAAUAUAGAAAAGAAAAGCGCGAAAAUAGUCAACGGAGGCAAAAAAAUACAAAAAUUUUUUUUUCGAUCUUGACAAUGGCUGGGAAGGAAGAAAAAAAUUAAAUGAUAUUUCUGAAAAAAAUAUUAAAAACUAUCUUUUUCUGAUUUCACAGGACCUUUUAAAAUUUCAAAAAAAAAUGUCGCUGAACAAGUCAUAAUGUAACUCAUCAAAACUAUGGGGUUUUUCGGGGAAUCACUUUUUUCACAAUCAGUAUGAGUCCAUAGAAAAACAUGAGAAGUUUUCAGGUACUGAACUAUUCGAUCAGAGAGACAGGAUACUUUUCGGCGAUUCCAAUGAUUGCAGCGAUAGUGAUCAAAGUUGGAUUAGGGAAACUGAUCGGUUCGUUAUUCCGGUUAAAACUGAAUAUUUCAGAAUCUUGAGACAUCUAGUUAUCAUAAUAAAAGUUUUGCUUGUGCAUGUAAUUUUUAUGGUUCCAUAGUUCCUUGUUUUUAGAUUCACAAUUUCUUUUUUCAAAAGACAAAAUAAAGAACUAAAAAGUUUAUGAUAGCUUGGCACGGAGGAAAAGUGUAAAGAAAUGUGCAAUUUUCUUUUAACAAACUUUCCUGUCGAUUUUGUUACGGAGAUCCUCAAUUGUUGUCUUAAAAUAUCGAAGAAGUAAAUAAAGACAGCACAAAAAUGUUUAUUUCGGUUGACGGAAAAGGUCGAAGAAUGAACUUUAGAGAGACAUUACCAUCGUUCGAAACCAUUUGAAGAAUUCUUUGAUCUCAUUCCGUUUUUAUUUCAAGACUUCGGAUUUGGCAUGAGCGACAAAUGGCGUUUGGCCCUUCCUCUUGUAUUUCUCGAAGCUCCCAGUGCUGCUGCCCUAUUCCUCACUGGAUACGUCUGUUUUGCCUCUUCCAGAAAAUUUUUUUUUCUACGCUUUCAGAUGGAUGAUCGACGCCUUGCUCUUGGGUUCAACAUGCUGUUCGCCUCGCUGCACUUUUUCGUGCCGGUGAUCUGCAGCAGAACGAUUCAAAUCGUUAUAUUCUUUUUCAAAUAAAACGAAAAGAAACUUUUCAGAGAGCCGGCCAAUAUUCCCAUUUCGCCAUGAACAUCAACAUGAUCGUGGCGGGAAUCGCUCAGAUUAUCAUUCCGAUCGGAGUUCAUACAGCUGUUCCAGACAACACUCGCCAGCAGGUACCAUUAAUUAUAGUUUCAGAGGAAUUUUCAGCUAACAUGAAUUGAGAGUUGCACCAUGUUGAAUGUUGAUAAAAAAAGUUGAAAAAUUUUUUUAUCAAAAAAAUUUUUUGUAGCUGACUGAUCAUUUAAGUGUGAAGUUUUGGAUUUUCCGAAACUUCGCCAGAAAAGAAACUCUUCAAAGUUUUUUAAUAGGAUCUACCUUCUAAAGUUAUUAACUUCGAAUUUAUCCAUUUUCAAAGCUCGCUUUUAACAUUCAAAAAAAGCAGGUGUUAAAAUUUCUAACCUUCGAAAAUAAUAUUUUCGAAACAAAACUUUGCUCAGAGAGCGUUUACCGAAAAUAUAUAUCUAGACAUUCAAACAGUUUUUCGGCAAAAUUAAAUAGAAUUUUAAACUUCACACUGUGAAAAAAGUUAGGGACUCUCAAAAGUCGAAAAUUUCAACGUCUCAGAUUGAGUUCAUUUUUAGAGAGACCUUUUUCUCCGGUCACAAUUUUUCCGACUUCGAUUAAGAAAAAUUCAGUUAAAACACAGCAAUUGUCUCAUAAAGAAACUUAUUGAUUUAAUAGUUUUCUAUUACCAUAAUUCGAGAUCUAGAUGUCAUCUUGAAGAUGAAUACCUUUGCUUCCAUCAACAUGCGCUCCAUAGUUUUGAGAAAUCAAAUCUAAUCUUAGAUUGUUUUUUUGGAAAUGUUCGACGUUGAAGAGGCAUGAAAUUUUUUUCUCAAGAGGCCUCGUAGCAGUCCUUGAGACAAAAUUCUGAAGAAGCGGGAAAAACACAUAGUGAGCCCAGUCUAUUUCAAAAGUCUCCGGAAAAACUCCAUGAUCAGUGGAGAAAAAAACAAUGAGCAGCUCAGCAACAAAAAAAAUUUUUUUCUCAUUUGUUUGGCUCUAUUUCAGUGGUCCCACGUCUUCUACUUCAUCGCUGUUUUGAUUUGCUUGACGAGCAUUUCCUACGUCUUUUUGACUAAUGCCAGGCCAGCCAAAUGGACAAAAUCCACAUCCAAAGUUCUUCCGGCGUGA